UUUCCUUCUCCCCCUCCGUACUCGGUCUCACUCUACACGUCGUCUCCGUGAUCUUCGCCAGCAGUGCACGCGUGCUCCGUUACCAAGACAAUCACGGAUCACGAGGCUCGUCGUUCGGUCCCCGCGUCUCCCGCUACCGGAGUCUCGGGAAUGUCGAAUCCCAGGAAAGACUUUGACGUGAAACAGAUCUUGCGCAUCCGCUGGCGAUGGUUCAGCCACCCCACAUCUCCUCCUUCUCCCGGUAACCAGCCUUCGGGAGACCUCUUCAGCAGCAGCAGCAGCGGUGGAAGCAGCCGGGGGACCGGAGGCUCCUCAUCCGGCGGUGAUCAGCCCUCCCUCGGCGGCUGCAGUAACUCCAACGCCGCCGCCGGUGCCAGUUCGAGUAACGGCAACUCUUCCUCCAACAUAAACAACAAUCGAAAGUUUGGAGAUUCGGGUCCGAAUAGCGGGCACUCAGCGGCGGCAGCGGUGGUAGUUAGUGCCUCCGCGUGUCCUCGGUCCAUGAGCCAGCAGGAGUGCCGGAGCUCCCCGCCAGCGCCUUGGGUCUUCCCGGCUCACUCGCGCUCCAGCGAGAGCCUGGAGCCGCUCCUGCAGCAGCAGCAGCAGCAGAAGCAGAAGCAGCAGCAGUCCACGCGUGUAAAAGACGCCCCUGCCCCCGGAGACGAGGAGAACAAUAAUAACGUGGAGUCUGACUCCAGCUCGUGCAGGACGUCUAACAGCAGUGCGACUUUAUCCUCAUGUGCUUCGAUGGAGCCGUGUGUGUCAGAGGAACAUUUCCAGGCACACAGUCACGCUGAACACACCUUCAGACGCAUGGAGGCCUACCUGAGGACCAGGAAACUCUGUGACGUCGUCCUCCUCGUCGGAGAGCGUAGAAUACCAGCGCACAGACUGGUUCUCUCCUCCGUGUCCGAUUACUUUGCGGCCAUGUUCACCAGUGAUGUCCGAGAGGCAAAACAAGAGGAGAUCAAAAUGGAGGGUGUGGAUCCAGAUGCAUUAUGGGUCUUGGUACAGUAUGCUUACACAGGGCGUUUGGAGUUGAGAGAGGACACAAUAGAGAGUUUGUUGUCGGCUGCCUGUCUUCUGCAGCUGUCUGCGGUGGUUCAGGCCUGCUGCAGUUAUCUAAUGAAACAACUCCAUCCCUCCAACUGUCUGGGCAUUCGAUCUUUUGCUGAUGCUCAGGGUUGCCUGGACCUCCAUAAGGUGGCACACAAUUACACCAUGGAGCACUUCAUGGAGGUCAUGAGGCAUCAGGAGUUUCUGCUCUUGCCUGCUUGUGAGGUGGAGAAGCUUUUAGCUUCUGAUGACAUGAACGUUCCAGAAGAGGAAACCGUGGUAACAGCCCUGCUUAGCUGGGUCCGCCAUGAUGCUCCCUCCCGUCAAUCACAGCUUCCUUCUCUUCUCGCUCACAUCCGUCUGCCCCUGCUUAAACCACAGUUUUUAGCUGAUAUGGAGGCGAAUCCAUUGCUGAGGGACAGUGUGGAGUGUCAGCGGCUGGUGAUGGAGGCCAUGAAGUAUCAUUUGCUGCCAGAGAGAAGGCCGCUUCUCCAGAGCCCAAGGACACGUCCACGCAAGGCCACUGUAGGGGCACUUUUUGCCGUGGGUGGCAUGGAUGCCACAAAAGGGGCCACUAGCAUUGAGCAGUACUGUUUACGGAGGGACACAUGGCGGCAGGUGGCUGUAAUGAGCGGGAGAAGGCUGCAGUUUGGCGUGGCGGUUCUUGAUGACCGCCUGUAUGUGGUUGGGGGUCGAGAUGGCCUCAAAACUCUCAACACAGUGGAGUGUUACAACCCCCGCAGCAAGAGCUGGAGCGUCAUGCCCCCCAUGUCCACGCACAGACACGGCCUGGGCGUUGCAGUGUUAGAAGGCCCCAUGUAUGCAGUGGGAGGUCAUGACGGUUGGAGUUAUCUGAGCACGGUGGAGCGCUGGGACCCUCAAGCUCGCCAGUGGAGUUUUGUUGCUUCCAUGGCAACACCUCGAAGCACUGUGGGAGUUGCAGUGUUAAACAGCAAGCUGUAUGCUGUGGGCGGUCGUGAUGGAAGUUCAUGUCUGAAAUCAGUGGAGUGUUUUGAUCCUCACACCAACAAAUGGAGCAGCUGUGCUCCCAUGUCUAAACGCAGAGGUGGUGUUGGUGUAGCGACGUGGAAUGGUUUCCUGUAUGCUAUCGGUGGCCAUGAUGCCCCAGCUUCAAGCUUAGCAUCUCGACUGUCAGACUGUGUCGAAAGGUAUGACCCAAAGACGGACAUGUGGACAGCAGUAGCUCCAAUGAGCCUCAGCAGAGACGCUGUGGGGGUGUGUCUUCUGGGGGACCGUCUUUAUGCCAUCGGUGGUUAUGAUGGUCAGGUGUAUCUAAACACUGUGGAAGCUUACGACCCCCAAACCAAUGAGUGGACACAGGUGGCGCCGUUGUGUUUAGGUCGAGCCGGGGCUUGUGUGGUUGCAGUGAAGCUUUGAAAUGCCUCCUGCUGUCAAUCAUCUCCAUGGUGACCGUCUUACAGUGCAAGCCUCCAGUGCUCUGGCUGUAGUGUCUCCAGACAGAUCUGAGCAUCUGCUGACCAGAGCAGAGAAAAUCGCUGACAUACAGCUGAAAACUCAAUUGAGGUCUUCCUUUAUGCCUUCUAGUAUGUAUUUAUCUAUUACAGCAGUUUAUUUUAUAGUUGUGCACAUCAAGAGCAAGACUUCCUCUUGUGUGUCUCUGAUGCACAGGGUUUAUUCAAUUUAAUGUCUAUGUCCAUCCAUUUGUCUGUCAAUCUAUAUAUUCCUCUAUGUUCCAUGUUUCACUCUCACUCUUCAUUCACACCAUAUAUAUAUACGUGUGUGUGUGUGUGUGUGUGUGUGUGGAUGUGUAAUAUUCAAAGUCUAUUAUAACUAUAAAGUGCACAGCCAAAAUUUCUCUGUAGAGAUGGCCUGUUGUCUAAGAAUAGCCGUAGUGCAGUAAAGUAUCUCUAGGGAGAACUAGAGUGCUGAAGAGAGAACCAGAAAAGUGUGCACGUGUGUGUAUUUCCUUCCGUCUAAUUUAAAAUCAAGCAUUAUUAUUAAUGUUUUAGCUGUAAAGUGACAGUGGUUCUUGAUGAGAUUUUCAUCUUCAUGCAUUUUUUUCUUUUAAGGGAACUGUAAACAAAAAAAAAGAGAGAUUUGAUCAAUUGGUACUGAUCAGCGAGCAGCUUCUGCGACAAUCUAGCAAAUUUGUCUAUAUUAGACAGGCAAACAGAAUGGAGAAAAGAUAAGAGAGAGGAAUGUGGUUAGAAGCUACGGAUGGAAGGACCAAAAUUGGGAAGAAAGACAAGAGAUUGAAAUCGGGCUGCGUGCUGAGAGUGGAAUUCAUUUUGACAUUAACAGCCCAUCCUAAGCGUGCGUGUCUUUAUAUUUUAUUUACCUGCCCAAACACAGUCAGAGCAUAUCAGCAAUAUUGCAUGGGAAUAUUGUAAUUAUACCUACAAGGGAGUAACACAAUCCUUCAUUAUUCUGUGCCCUUAUUCCCCGACUCGCUUCAAGCUCAGAGAAAGAACAUCACAACAAGGUCUAAUGCAUAUUCAGAACUCUGAAUCAUUCUUUCUAUUUUUUGAAUUAAGAAAUGCAUCCCAGUGCUCAGUGGAGGAAGUUAACCACACAAACUGAGAUUCUGUUCCCUGCUGCGUAAAGGAAAGCUUUAGCGAAAGAUUAAAGAAGAUCAUUGUAAAUAAUGGUUAUUGUGGGGUUUUCCUCAUGGCUUACACAAUGUUUUAUUUAUAGUAUUUCUAUUUUUGCACCGUGAUUCAUCUUCACGAUAACAGCUGGAUUCUGGGUCACUGUCCAUUUAGUGGAAAUAAAUUCAGCUGGGGAGCAGAACAAAGGCAGAAAGACCCAAUUAACCACAAUUUAGAUUUGCGUUACAAAUUCUAUCUCUCUUUUAUGAACUGCGGAUACAUGGAAAAAUGUACUAUACAUGAAUAUCAGUUCAUCAGCAUGAAUCAUGAACAUUCGGUUUACAGAAAUCGUUUGGAGGUUUGGAGCAUUAUUGUACGACAUUUAACAAUUUUUUAUUAUUUUGUAAUUAUUUAUUAUUAUUUUGUGUUACAAUAAUAUUAAAAAUACAAUUUUUAAACAUUCUAAUAUAUAAAAAUGUGCUGAAAAUGUGCUCACCCCCAGGCCUGAUGAGUAAGCUACACGAGUUUGUUUCUUCAUCAGAACGGAUUUGUUUGAAUAUAGCAUUACACCACAAAGCCAUCUCAUCGUUCAUAUUUUUUGCCGUGCACAAAAGGUCAAAAAACACUUUAAUUUUCUUAUAAUAUGCAUUUAUUUUUAUCUUAUUUGCUAAAUUACUCCCAAAUGAUUCGUUCGACAACUUUUUCAAUUAAAAGUGUUUUUGAGCAUUUAACGCUUCAAAAGUGGCCCCUAGUGUCAAAGAAUGAAUUAAGAUUUUCAAUCAAAAUCAGAUUUGGUGGGUGGGCGAUAUGCUAAUUUUUCAUGCUGAAGUCAACAUAUAAACUAAUUUUUUUUUGUUUUGUUUUUUUAGAGAGACAAUAACUUUACACACCAAUUCAGAAAAAAAUGUUCAAUGAACAAUGAAAACUAUUUGCUUAUGGGUUUAAAAAAAAAACAAAAACAAGCACAUUCAUCUUGAUCAAACACACAAAAAUAUUGAUUUAAGUAAAUCAUUUUUUGCAGUAUACCCGGAGUGUUUUCUUUGAUGGCGAGAUUUUUUUCUCCCGUUAGGUACAGAUUAGUAGAGAAUUUUAAGAGUUUUAAACCAGCUCUGUGGAUCUCUUCAGUUCAUUUUGCACAACUAUAUCUGAUUUCCACUCAGGGUAUUUGUUCCUUUUCAUUUUUUCUUCCUUUUUCUCUCCUCCUUUUCUUUUUUUGUCGGGUGUGUACGCGCGUGUGUAUACAGUAUAUCUUGUGCACCACUUGUGUCUUUGUCCUAGAGAAAAGUGUCAUGUUUUGUGUGUGCGUUUGUGUUUCAGUGGCACACACUUAAACCCCAUGCCGAGUACAAAGUGCAGCUUCAGAAGUCAGAGAAAGCACUUUUGGUAUUUUGAUCUAGUUUUGUAAAUCCCAAGAUUCAUUUCAGUGUUUUAAAUGAAGAAAGAGAAGUGCACAGAUUAGCAUAUGAAAAGAAGCGGAAAGAAACGAUGGAACAAUGAGAUCAGAGUUAUUAAAAGUAGAAAAUAUAGAACAAGAGAGCACUGUUUACAAUAGAAUAUUCACACUAGAUUCCUUUAUUCUUUUAAACUGUAAAACCGUUAUUGCUGUAGUGUCUAUUUUUGCCAUCAUGCUCAUUUUAUAUUUCAUCAUCAUGCAGCUAAGAGAUUUAUGGGAUUAACAUAAAUAGCACAUUAAAGAUUUUCAGAGGAAGGAUUGCAUUGUUUGGUUUAUGAGGGACAAACAAUAAUAUUUCAUGAAAAAAACAAAUGAUUAGUGUUAUUUAUAUAUUAUUGCACAUUUAAAGUGUCAAGUGUCAUGAUCCGCUUAUGUUCUGUUAUUGAAAGGUUUCCACAUCUUCAUUAUCAUCUUCACUAUAUUUAGCUAAAGCAGAGCCUGUCCUCUGUCAUUUUUUGAAAAUGGUGAAUACAUUUUCAAAUUGGCUAAUCCGCAGAUUUGCUUCAUUUGCUUUGGGUACCAUACUAUAUUGGAAAUGUACAGUAUAUCAUGAGAAGAUACUCAAAGUAUCAAAGAAAAAAAAAUCACAAAUGAAAUGUACAGUGCAGCACAUAUAUAUAUAUACUCUUUACAAUGUUAAAUUGAAUCUUAUGAUAGAAAAAUGUAAACAAUUUGUAAAAAUGACCCCAUUUAAUUCCAUUGUGAAAUAAUAACUUUGAUUUGAAUCGUAAUCUGGCUACACACCCUCACAAACAUACAGUAUCGGAAUAUUAUAUAUUUAUGGGACUGAAUUACAUCUAAUUGUGCAACAUUAUCACUGAAUUCACUACUGUUCUGUGUAUUUUUAUAUAUAUUUGUCAUCUUUUAUAUAAUUGCUGGAAGCUGUGUCAGUGAAAUGUGAGUGAUCUCAGGAGGAAUCUCUCUUAAAUGUUAUGCAUAUUGUUGCAUAUUGUUAUGUAUAUGUUGUAGUUUGAUCAUGGAUGCAUCUCUCGCUUGUCAAGAGCUUGCUACCUGUAUGAUGAUGGGAGGCAUGCGGUUUUUUAUUGUAAUAUGAAUUGCUGUCCAUGCAAUUGUUUUUCUUAUGCAGUACAUUUCACGGUGCAUUGUUUGAUUUAUGACUAUUUUUGGUUAUUAAACUGUAAAAGAAUGUC